UUUAUUUGAUCUGUAAGAAAGAAAGAAAAGUUUAACAAUAUUGAGGAUUUUUUGUACUUUACAUGACAUGUUUAAGCAUAGUUUAUACUAUAUUGAUUUGCAAACACAAUAUCAUAUGCUAUAUUGAUUUGCAAACACAAUAUUAUAGCAGUUUGUUGAAAAUGCCAAAACGAAGGCAAAACUCGACAAAAACUUCGGUUUCUUCAACAGAUAAACGAGAUGUUUCGCCCUAUAAACUCAGGAAAAUCAGUGAGAGUGGGUCUGGUGCAUAUGCCAGGGCAGGAACAAGUGAAAAUAGUUCGGACAAUUUCCACACCGGAUAUGAUAUCGAUGGAAACAAACCGGAUAAUCCAAAUGCAGAUGAGUUUAAAUCAACAGAUGAAUCCUUGAAAAUAGAGAAAAUUUCACCAAACAAAGUACUUUUCUCCCAAGAUACCAUUAAUUCCAAGUUCAGUGACGGCAGGAAAAUAGACGAUACAUUAGAAGAUCUCAAAACCGGUAAAGUUACAGUGGAAAUGAUUCCAAAAAUUACAUUGAUUUAUCUGGAAGAAGAACAGGUCUAUUUCUCACGUGAUAAUAGACGACUUUAUGUCUUCCAGAAAUAUGAAGAUUAUUGUGAUGAAGAAAUUUUCAUUCCAGUUGUUGUUAGAAAACCUUUAAAAGAUGAAGAAAGAAGUCCAUUUAAAACAAAAGGUUUAGGGAAAUAUAUUGAAGUACAGCAGUAUCAAAACAAGCAGGGAAAGAGAGUUGCCAAACGUGUAGCACAAUGGACUCCUGUAAAAAUAUCUAAAUCUUCCAAAAAAUAGAAACAAUGAAUCAACUGAGUGGAAGUGAUAGUAAAUGAAAACAAAGUGUGCUGGAAAAUGAAAAUGACAAUCAAUUUAAUUCUUCAAAGCUGAACAAAUAUUAUUCGUUUUAAUUUUGAAUAGUUGAAAGUGUCACACACAAAAGCACUAUAAAAACCAUUGUAAGGAAAUGUUUUUAUCUUCUUUUAAAAUUAAUUAUUAAAAGUAUAAUAUUAAAGCAUGGU